AUGUACCACACCAUCACCACUGUCCUAGGAAUUAUACUCCUCUCCCUCACAAACAUUGUCCAUGCAAACGUGGAAAAAACCAUCUUCAUCGCCCCACCAGCAGCCACACUACCGUCAGAAGAGCCAGAUCUAGAUGACCUCGGUCUAGAACGGCUUUCGCCAGGGAACCAUGUCGUGCGAACACGACUCAAUGCUUCAUUUCCUAGUACCGAAGCUCCAGAGGGUGUGGACUCGUGGUUCUUUCUUGAGAAUCUAAAACCUGGGCAGCGGUAUGAGGCGCGAGUUUGUUGGUUAGCUACGCAACCGACAUCAUUCAUACUGACAACUCAUUCCCUCACUGCAAUCAUCGAGGACAAAUCCCUCUUCUCAUCACUAAGCAUCUUUUCCACUGCCCGCCUCGCAGCGCUGGACACGGAUCUCCAGGCAAACGCCAUUCCGCGUCGUGCGUCUGGCCGUACCGGCAGUGAUCCCUCGCCAGCUGCAGCUUUAACAACAGACUCGGUGCUAUUUUUGCGGAUCCAAGCUGCGGCAGACUAUUUCAGUCAUGAUGAGUCGUUGAUGAAGACUGUACCGCCUGUUUCUGUGGAUCUCAUUCUGGAUCCGUUUUUGUGGAAUGUUUUUCCUAGGUCGCUUGUUCGAACUGCGGCUUGGAUUGUCGUCGUUGCUGUUGUGGCUGGGUUUGUGGCGAAGUGGGUCGGCGAGGAGAUUGGGAGGGUUCUUGAGGGGGUGAGGGUCGAGAGGGAAAAGGGUGAGGAAGAGGAGGAAAAGAAGGACCAGUAA